AUGAACGCAAAGCAAAAAUCAAAUCCUGAACUUAAUAAGGAUGACUUUUUUCAUUUGACUUCAUAUAUUUGGAUAGUCAAAGAUUUUCAAGAUGUUUACUCACACAUGGAAACGUCUCAAUUCAUUUUAAGCGAAAGGUUUUAUUCACCAUCAACACCAUUAACUAAAGAAGGUCAAGAGAAAAAGGAUGAUAAUAUUUGGAGAUUUUUAUUGUACCCGCGAGGAAAAGUUGGAGUUCCCAAAGAACACAUGUCACUAUUUUUAUUUCCACUUCCAAAUGAAUACGAUAAGCAACGACGAAUAUUUUAUCGACAAGCGAUAUAUCGAAUCGAAAUAUUUGUGAACAACAACGAAACAUGUACGAAUAUUUCAUCCAUUCAUUUCUAUUAUGAUAGGGAAAAUACAAUAGAAAUAUGUUCACCCGAAAAUAACCCUAAUGAAUCAAUAAUACCCUCAUCCUCAUUUGAAAAUUAUUUUAAUGAUGAUAGUUUUAGUGAUAUUACAUUUAAAUUUAAUUGUGGAUCCGAAAUCAGGGCGAGUCGACUUGUCCUUGCAAUGAAAUCAUCAUAUUUUAAGGCUUUGUUUCAAGGAAAUUGGAAAGAAUCAAAAUCACCGGUCAUUUCAAUUAAAGAUGUAAAUUUUGAGUGUUUCAAAAGGAUGAUUUAUUUUUUAUAUAGUGGAAGACUUGAUAAUGAGUUAUCAUUUGAAGAAUUAAAGGAUUUAUAUAUUGAAGCAGAUGUUAGAGAUAUCUCGGAUUUAAAAAGGGAGGGAUCCAAAAGGAUUGUUAGGCUCGUUGAUGAAACUUCUUGGGAUGAAAUAUUAUUGAUGGGUUGGCAAACGAAAAAUUUGGAAAUGAAGGAAGCAGGGUUGAAAUAUUUUAGUGAAAAUUGGAUGAACAUCAAAAAUUCAGACAAGAUGAAUAAUAUCAUUUCUAAUGCAAAUUUUGAUUGGCUUGAUGAAUUGUUUAGGGCAAAACUAUUUGGUGUGUAA